UUUUGACUUUGUGACAUUUUGAUUUUCCACAAUUAAUUUAAUUGAAAAGCUUGAAAUUGCUAAAGUAUCUUAAUAAAAAGUACUUUUGUUAACAUUUAUCAAUCAGCUGUUUUUUGUUUCUUUAUACCACAAUUCAAACAAAAUUAUGAGUUUACAAGGGUCGGCCGUCAGUCGCGAAGUAAAUAGUGUAGAUUUAUCUAAAAUAGCUGGGUUGCAGCAGAAGAGAACUUUGGCGUUUGUUAACCAUUUCCUCGUAACUACUGUACAGUUUUUGAAUAAGUUUACAAAGGACUGUGAAGAAAAACUUAUGCAUUUUGAACGGAAAAUUGAAAAAGUUAAAGCUACCAUGGUCUUGCUGGAAGCUAAGCUAUCAUCAAUUCCGGAAGUAAACAUUCAAUCACAAAGUAAGACUGAGGACCAUGAACCUCCAGAUACAAAUGCAGGUAAACCAGAUAGUACACCAGUAGAUAGUUCAGAGCCAGCACACAAUACAAACCCAGAAACAUCUGAAGGCAAUGAUACCACAGUGCCAAAUGAGACUGCCACCGAGGAAACUGCUGUAACUCCUGAGUACAUGAGGUUUGUAAAAAUGGUACAAGUGGGAGUGCCUUUACAGGCUGUAAAAUUGAAAUUAACACUGGAAGGCCUAGACCCCAGUGUAUUUGAUAAAAUAAUGAACAAAUAGGCUAAAAAUUAAAAAUAUUUUAUGAAAUAAGUUAUGCCAGAAUCAGAAUUAUAUUUUUUCAUAAAGCUUCUAUGUAUAUAAUCAAAUACUACAAUCAUAUACUUGAAUCUUACUUAUACUUACCUAUGUAUAAAAUCUAAAUAAAUUUAUUUAUUUACAUGCCAAUGA